AUAUGCAGACGGUCGAGGCGGCCGGCCACUUGCUCUGCUCCCUGGGCACCUUUCAACAGGCGGCUGUGCUUUCCGCCUGUGAAGAAUGAAGCCGAGAUUCGUCAGCUGACGCAGGGCGGGCCUGUCGCUCGAGGAAGUCUCCCUGAGGCCAACCGACAGCCUCGCUGCUGCCUGCCGGGUCUGGGCUGCUUCUCCUUUCGCUCCUCGAAGCCUGGCGGGGGACCUGCAGAGCGUCGUGGUCCCACGGCAGCCACGAUGGAGGCGUUCAGCUCCCGCAACUUGGCCAUGCAGGCCGAGAAGAAGAUCCUCAGCCGGAUGGCCAGCAAGUCCAUGGCCAAUAUGUUCAUUGACGACACCAGCAGCGAGAUCCUGGACGAGCUCUACCGGAUCUCCAAGGAGUACACGCAGAACCGGACCGAGUCCCAGAAGGUCAUCAAGAACCUCAUCAAGGUGGCGGUCAAGAUCUCCGUCCUGUACCGCAACAACCGCUUCAGCCCCGAGGAGCUGGGCCUGGCGGAGGAGUUCAAGAGGAAGCUGCACCAAGGAGCCAUGACGGCCAUCAGCUUCCACGAGGUGGAGUUCACCUUCGAGAAGGCCGUCCUGGCUGAGCUGCUGAGGGAUUGCCGUGACCUGCUGCUCCGGCUGGUCGAGAAGCACCUGACGCCCAAGUCUCACGGCCGCAUCCGGCACGUCUUCGACCACUUCGCCGACACGGAGCUCCUGGCCAAGCUCUACAGCCCCGGGGAACCCUACCAGUCGCGGCUGAAGAAGAUCUGCGAGGGGAUGAACCGUCUCAUCGACGAGGGGAAGUUGUGAAACCCACCGAGGAGGAGGAGGAGG